AUGGCUUCUUCGUCACGUCGAUUAACAAAAGAAUUGACAGAUAUUCAGUCAUCUGAUUCGAGGACAUUUUGCUGUGUUGAAUUUGAUGAAAAUAAUUUGCUCCACUGGACAGGUCUUCUCGUCCCGGAUAAAGAACCAUACAACAAGGGAGCAUUUAAAGUAGCUAUAGAUUUUCCCGUAGAAUAUCCGUUUAAACCGCCCAAGAUUACAUUUUUGACGAAGAUUUAUCACCCAAAUGUUGACGAGAAAGGACAAGUAUGUCUUCCGAUUAUAUCACCUGACAACUGGAAACCUGCUACCAAAACUGAACAAGUGAUGAAUGCAUUGCUUGGUCUGAUUACGGAACCGGAACCAGAUCACCCGUUACGAGCGGAUCUUGCCGAAGAAUUUACGAAAGAUAGGAAAAAAUUCAAUAAGACAGCAGAAGACUACACGAAAAAAUACGCAGUAAAACGACCGGAUGGCGAAAGAAAGCAGCAAAUAAUUGAUCGGAUGGACUCAAUGACAGUAUUGGUAACCGGUGGGACAGGCCUUGUAGGACGAUCUAUUGAGAAGAUAAUAACAACUGAAGAACCACGAUCAAACGAAAAAUGGAUUUUCAUUGGACGAAAAGAUUGUGAUUUAACGGAUGCCGAAGCUACAAAAAAGCUUUUCCUGAAGUAUAAGCCUUCUCAUGUAGUUCAUUUAGCGGCCAUGGUUGGCGGUCUUUUCCACAAUCUCCAUUGUAAUCUGCAAUUCUUUCGGAAAAACAUGCAAAUCAAUGACAACGUACUGAUGGCAUGUAAUGAAUUUGAUGUUGUAAAGUGUAUAUCAUGUCUUUCAACAUGUAUCUUUCCAGACAGAACUGCAUAUCCAAUCGAUGAAACUAUGGUUCAUAAUGGUCCUCCUCAUAACAGUAAUUUUGGUUAUUCAUAUGCGAAAAGGAUGAUCGAUAUACUUAAUAGAGGAUAUGCGCAAGAAUUUGGUCGGAAAUAUACUUCAGUAAUACCGUGUAAUGUGUUUGGACCACAUGACAACUAUAAUUUGAAAGAUGGACACGUCAUUCCGAGCCUAAUUCAUAAAACCUAUCUUGCGAAACAUGAAGGGAUACCCUUGAAGGUAUUUGGCAGUGGGACGCCCUUGCGUCAAUUUAUUUACUCCUUAGAUUUGGCUCGACUUUUCGUUUGGGUCGUACGAUCAUAUGAGGAAAUUGAUCCAAUUAUAUUAUCAGUAGGAGAGGAAGAUGAAGUAUCAAUUAUGGACGCUGUUCACGCUAUUGUUAAGGCGUUCGAUUUCAAAGGUGAAAUAGUUCAAGACAAAACAAAGGCUGAUGGACAAUACAAGAAGACUGCAUCAAAUGCAAAAUUACGCAAAUAUUUGCCAGAUUUCAAGUUUACACCAUUUGAAAUAGCAAUCAAAGAAUCUGUUGAUUGGUUUAUCGCCAAUUAUGAUAGUGCACGCAAAUAAUUGCAGAUAUUACUGCGAAAUGGGUAAAUUCUGCAAUUGCUUUACUUAUUUC